ACAGGACACGGGAAUAGUAAUACCCUGGAGGCGGCCGGAGACUUGAGUUAUGGCCUCAUCUCCCCACACUCUCUCGUCACACCUUUUGACAGGUUGGGUAGGAGGAUGUAUAUGGUAUCUGGAAAGGAGAGCUAUACAGGAAUCUCCUCACAAGUUUAUGCAUCUUUUCAGAAGUGCCAAUAAGCAAUGGACUACAUUACAGCAGUUUACCCUCCUAAAGCGCAUGUAUGCCACACAACUGAACAGAAGUCUGAACCGGCAAGUAAGACCAAAGCCAGAACCAGUGUCAUCUCCUUUCCUUGAGAAAAUUUCUUCAAGUCAAGGCAAAGCUGAUGUAUACGAAAUAAGACCUCUUUCACCCCCAAGCCUACCUUUGUCCAGUAAGACAAAUGAAAAAGAAGUACUUGAACUAGAAUCUGCUUCAAUAAUUGAAAGCUCAGUUAAAGUUGGAAAACGGACUGGAGAUGAAAUCCAGUGGAAGGAGAUGAAACUACAUGUGGAUAAUUUACCAGGAAUUUUGGCUCGACUCUCCAAAAUCAAACUCACAGCUCUUGUUGUAAGUACCACAUCAGCAGGAUUUGCAUUGGCUUCAGGACCUUUUGACUGGCCCUGUUUCUUGAUCACUGUUGUUGGAACAGGCCUUGCUUCAUGUGCUGCCAACUCUAUCAAUCAGUUUUUCGAGGUGCCGUUUGAUUCCAAUAUGAAUAGGACAAAGAACAGACCUCUGGUUCGUGGCCAGAUCAGCCCACUGUUGGCAGUGUCUUUUGCCACCUGCUGUGCUGUUCCAGGAGUUGCCCUUCUUACCUGGGGGGUGAAUCCACUCACUGGAGCUCUGGGGGCCUUCAACAUCUUCCUGUAUACUUGCUGUUAUACACCAUUGAAGAGAAUCAGCAUUGUCAACACAUGGGUUGGAGCUGUUGUUGGAGCCAUCCCACCUGUCAUGGGCUGGACAGCUGUAACUGGCAGCCUUGAUGCUGGAGCGUUUCUUUUAGGAGGAAUCCUCUACUCCUGGCAGUUCCCACAUUUUAAUGCCCUGAGUUGGGGCCUCCGUGAAGACUACUCCCGAGGUGGUUACUGUAUGAUGUCCGUCACCCACCCGAGCCUCUGCAGGCGAGUGGCACUGCGCCACUGUCUGAUGUUGAUUGGACUAUCUACUGCAGCCCCCAUCCUGGAUGUCACCACAUGGACGUUUCCGAUAAUCUUCCUCCCCAUCAACCUAUAUAUUUCAUACCUCGGUUUUCGAUUUUACAUGGAUGCAGACCGGAAGAGUUCCAGGAAGCUGUUCUUCUGCAGCCUGUGGCACUUACCUUUGCUACUGCUUCUCAUGCUUACUUGUAAGCAGUCAAUACAAGAGAAAUGUGACAAGGAAGAAACUCAAAGUUGAAGUCAUAUUGUCAUGUGGGGAAAAAAUGCAGGAAGACACAAAUAUUUUUCCUGUUAUUGGACAGGGAUAUCUUCAUAAUUCUGAAGGAUGAGAAUAGGAAUCAUUGGUUUUAUUACAAUAUUGUAAAGUAAUUUGGUGCUUAAUGAUAAAAUAACAGUUUUUAAAUGAUAAUAUUUAAAAUGUUCCCCAAAUAAGAGGUGGAUUAACUUAGUAGAUAAAAGCAAAGAGUAUUUUUUCUGUUAGACUCUUUAUAUCUCUAUAUCUCUCUUCCUCCAUUCCAUCCCCAUCAUUUACAUUCUUCCUAACAUCGAUGUUGUACUCCUCUGCUUCCCUACCACUAGUUUAUCACUCUUGUCAGCUAUUGUCAUAAUUGGCAGACAGACAUGGUUAGCAUUCUUAUCUCGAUAGCUCUAGUUCUGUGUCCACAGGUUAUGUCAGAUUAAAUGGAUGCUGCUACCACUGUACCCCCUGGCAGUUGGAGAAGCCUGAGCCCAGCUUUCAGCUUAUCUAUUUAACAUGUUCACCAGCACUUUAUUUCUCAAAUAAUUUGCUACAAAUGGGCUACUGUGGAAGUAGUAUUCCAAACGGUUUCCUGGAGAAUCUUAGACUGAACUGCCAAUCCCUGCCCUCUACCUCCCAAUAUAUAAGGGGCAUUUCAAAAACUCCAAGGAAUCAAAGGUUUCUUUCUAGUUUACUUUAAAAUGUUGGAAGUGUCUGAAACAUUUCUAUCUAAAAGGAUAGUGAUACCAGAAACUUUUCAGUGUCUGGUUUCAUUCCUGUUCCUCAUCAGUCAUUUCUGUAGGAGGUCAGUUUCUUGUUGCUGCAUGGCUUUUCAAGGUCAUCCGGAAAAGGAAAUCAGAAAAAUGAAGAGCUGAGCUAGCCAGCUUGCAUAUUUCCCAUACUUGUCCCAUAUAAAAAGCACAUUUCCAUCCUGCUGUCUUCUUAAAUCAGACAUGAGGUUCUUUGUAUCCAACAACUUUCAAAGCUAGACUAAAUUCAGGAUUUAGAUUUCUGACGGACUGCUUCUGGUUCUAGGGACUUGGUUACCUGUUGCCCCAUCUAUACUUUAGGUUUUCCCAUUUGUUUGCUGUCAUGUCCCGUUCACCUUGAAGACCUUGAAGCUUACAGAAUGUUUUAAUCAUUUGUUGUUGGGGCCAUUGCUGCCCUGUAAAAAUUAACUGGGGAGUUUAAGCAACAUUUACGUAAUCGUAAUAUGCUUACUCUCAAAAAUUUCUAAAGCAGUUGCAGAUAUCAACUGAUCUCUUUUUCUACUUAUCAGACAUGCCUCUGAGCUGUAUCCAGAUUAUUUACUGUAGGAACAUGGCAUAUAAAUUUGUGGCAAACCAUCUACACCUUACUGUUUUGCAGCACUUAAAUUUGUAAAAUGCAUCACUUCUGUGUUCCUGCUGUAAUAAACCAG